GACAAUAUAAACCUUUUGCUAAUAGACUUUCUCCAUAGACUCCUUCCAUUUAUCCUGACUUGUGGGUAUAACUGAAACUUGAUGCUCACAUAAUUUCAUCUGAUGGGGAUGAGUUAUUCCAAAUUUGUGAGACUAAUUGUGCUGAAACACAAUAUUAUUGUUACUUUGGCAUGCAGAAAUAUGGUCCUUUAUCUUCUUUAAGAGCCUAAAGUACCUUCUUAUGGGAGCCGAUCAGUACUUCCCACCAUAUCCUCUAUAUUUUGAAGUGUUCUCCCAUGUCUAAGCCUCUGUGGUUUCCCUGUGUUUUGAAGAAAGCUAGAGACCUGGGGUGAAACCCUUAGCUGCAGCAGCCUCUUCUUUUGUGGUAGUCCAUGAAUGCUCAUGUGUUUGUCAGACUGUCUCACUGAGCCUGUUUUUGCUGCUCUAAAAGUAUGCUCCAUGUAACAUUGUUUGCAGUAUACUUUCAUACUGUAUCACCAGGAAGAGACCAUUCACACAUCCAAAAAUACAGAUAGUUGUUCUGUGAUGCAUGUUAAAGUGUUUUUGCAGCACUGUCCUGGAAGCUUCGUUAAAAAGAAAUUUAGACAUGAAAACUAUGUUUCUGUACAAAUUUAAGGAAAAAAUUUGAAAUGGCUAAAUACUGCUAGGUGUCAUAGUUAGCAGUAAGAUUUUAUUGUUGGGUGACCCAAAUAGUUCUGGAACAGCAUGGUACUGUAGACAACUGAAAUCUGCUUGUUUUGUAGCUUGAGUCAAAGUCCGUAUGUGAAACUGUGUUUAUGUUCACAGGGAAUUGUCAGGAGAUGAACUUGAGACCUGUGGAUAGAUUUGGUAUGAAAAAGUUGUGUAAAAUGAAAUGUCAGAUGCCUUAACACACAGAAAGUAGAGUAAAAGCUUAUCUUUGGUGUGCUGGUUUCCAGCAUGGUACUUGUCAAAUUCCAUUUCUCUUCUUAUCUCUGAGAAAAAAUUGCCACAACAGAGGAUUUUUCCCCACUCCCUUCUCACUGCUCUAAAUUAAGAGAACACAAUGUCUGUUUUAAGGGCAACUGUAUCUAUACCUGUCUUGCUUUAGACUAGAAGAUGAAUAAUCUUUCCUUUAGUGAACUGUGUUGCCUGUUCUGUUGUCCACCAUGCCCAGGGAAAAUUGCCUCUAAGCUGGCAUUCUUACCUCCUGAUCCCACAUACACACUGAUGUGUGAUGAGAGUGGUAGUCGCUGGACCUUGCAUCUCUCAGAGCGAGCAGACUGGCAAUAUUCUUCUAGAGAAAAAGAUGCCAUUGAGUGCUUCAUGACUAGAACCUGUAAAGGCAACAGGAUUGCCUGUAUGUUUGUGCGUUGCUCACCUAACGCCAAGUACACUUUGCUCUUCUCACACGGAAAUGCUGUUGACCUGGGUCAGAUGAGCAGCUUUUAUAUAGGACUGGGUUCACGGAUUAAUUGCAACAUAUUCUCCUAUGAUUAUUCUGGAUAUGGUGCAAGUUCAGGGAAGCCUACAGAGAAGAAUCUGUAUGCUGACAUUGAUGCCGCUUGGGUGGCUCUUAGAACAAGGUAUGGAAUUCGCCCUGAAAAUGUGAUUAUAUAUGGCCAGAGUAUAGGAACAGUACCAUCUGUGGAUCUUGCUGCUAGGUAUGAAAGUGCUGCUGUAAUUCUUCAUUCUCCACUGACCUCAGGAAUGCGAGUAGCUUUUCCUGAUACAAAGAAGACGUACUGCUUUGAUGCAUUCCCAAACAUUGACAAAAUUUCUAAAAUAACAUCUCCUGUCUUAAUAAUCCAUGGAACUGAAGAUGAAGUAAUUGACUUUUCACAUGGCCUAGCAUUAUUUGAGCGCUGCCAGAGACCUGUAGAACCACUGUGGGUAGAAGGAGCGGGCCAUAAUGAUGUGGAACUCUAUGGACAGUACCUUGAAAGAUUAAAACAGUUUGUGUCACAGGAACUGGUGAACUUGUAACUUUCAUUGUGUAUUUACAGGUUUUUUUUCAUUUCACUGCAGAACUGCACACUUUGAUAAAUAUGUAACUUAAAGCCUGAAUCUUGUAUUUUCAAAUCAUCUUGGUUGCCUUCAUUAAAUCUACAGGUAAUGAUUUGUCAACAUAAUUAAUGAAGGUUUUAAUGUCAGCGUUAUAAACUGGAAUUACAUGAUCAUGCAGUCAGACUUGGCAGUUCAUAUUUCUUUGUGUGAGGUUUUCUCCUUAGAUGUAAAGAAAAAAAAUCACAAGGAGUACUGUAAGAAAAUUGAAUUAUAUAAAACCAAAUGCUGUAAAAGUGUUGCCAAGUGCUUUAGCAUAUCAAAACCAAGCUUAUAAAUAUUUUUUAAACAUCUCAAAGUGUACUGUGACUUACUCUGUUGCACAGGUGUAAUUAAAAAACUGACUUCUAAGCUGUUGUUCUGUAAAAAUGUAAUAGCCAUGAAAUUUGAGCAAAUACUAAUGUAUGUAAUGAGAAUAAACAGUCACUGGAAAUUACUUAUGCCCUUUUACAGGAAGAGGGGGCAAAAUAGAUAUCUUUUCCCAUAUUUUUCAUUUAUUUUUUGCUUAGUUUCCCUUUACUUAUUUUGUACUCAUAUUGUCUCUUAGCUUUCAGGAUAAUAAAAUAUAUCCACUCAUGUUCUCAGGAGUCCUAAUCUUGCCUAAAUAAUUCCACAAGUUAUCACUGUUAUAACGGAAGUAUCAUUCACAUGAUUGCUACUGAGGCCAUAAAAUACCUCUUUGAAACCAGACUUAAAGCCUUGAAGACUUCUUGAACCAUGUAGUUUUAAACACUGAUUUUCUAGAGCCACAAUGUGUCAUUAAGAAGAAGCUUGAAGUUUAUCCAACAUUGUAAUAAGAGUUUGCAAAUUAGCACUGGUCUGAUCAGGUUUAAUUUUGGAUGUUUCAUGUAAAAACUUACUGGUUUUUGAGUAUUGUAUGGAAAUUUUACUAAUCGGGCCUGGGAGAGGUGGGAGGAUUGGCAAGACGAUAAUAUCGACAUUUUUCUAUUAACUUAUCAUGAAAUAAACUUAAGUUACCUUUCCCUGCAUUUUACGUGAAUAAAACUAUGAAAAAUAUACUUAAUUAUAUGUAGCCUAAUUGUGAACAAAAUAAUAUUCCAACAAUACACACUGUACUUUUAAGGCCUUAUGUAGUUUAAUUGUUCUACUUGUUUUUUGCAAUUGAGACUAUUGUAUACUUAAAUGUGUAGCUUUGAGUAUUGUGAAAACUUUGGUUAAGAUGUGUUGAUUAGUAGUAAACAUUAUUCCACAAACUUGCAGUUCUUCCUUUUUCUUUUUAUUCAAAGUAAAGCAGCAGUUGCUUGCAGUAUUAAAAUAGCAACUCUUCAUUUAUUCAAGGAAAUCUGACAUCAAAAGCAAUAAUUCAUUGUUCUGAAUUGCCAGCACAUUUUUUUUAUCAGCAGCUGUUUUGAUCACCCUCCUUUCCCCCAUGCCUCACCUUACUACAAUUUGCCAUUCAGGACACAGGCUUUCUGCUGCAAAGUUGCUUGUAAACUUUUUUUCUGUAAUGAAUUCUACUAUUUCCUUCUUUGAAAUUAAAAUGAAUUAUUAACUUCUGCACUUUAAGUUAAUUGAGUAGAAAGAAGUUUAUUCUUAAGCAGCUAGGUUCCUGCCUGAUUUUUUGAUCAAGGAUGUUUCAGUGAGUUCUGAAAUUCAGACUAUAUUCAAAAGCAACAACAUUAGACUUAAGAAUUUUCAUCCUAGUUCAAGGCUUUUGGAUACGGGUGUGUAACUCAGCUUUAUUACAUCGUAUUUAAUACAUAGUUUGAUUUCCUUUUCAUACUACCUUCUAGCCACUAUCUCCAAUGGAAAUCAUUACCAUUAAAUGUUUAAGUGCUUUCUUAAGUGCUUUCUUAAAUGUGAUGAAUGAAGCCUGUUUUGAGAUUCACCUUCAGGAAUUCAGAAAUAAAGAGUGUAGAAGUGCAAUGUUAAGUGAUAUACAUUGGCUGCAGGCAAAUUACAACUGUCAUUACAAGAACUAUCUGAUUGUGCCAGGGGAUAUUUUGGCACCCUUUAAUUGAAAAAGACAGAAAAGGUGUCAUAGUAGUUUUGCUGCUUUUGUUUCUGUGUUUUGUUGAAACAGAACAAAAGAUCUGACUAGCAGUGUUUUGUCUUCAGUAUGUGCAGCUGUGCUGGAUUGCACUUGUGAGUAGACAUUCUGGUCUCUUUUGCACCAUUUAUGUAUGGUUAAUUAUUGCCAUUUUUUGCUGAUUUAUGUUUUAUAUUUGUGUAUUUUUUCAGAUGUGUUGUAUGCAUUAUGGAAUUUAAAUGGGUUUUAGGCACAGCUUAGCCUGUAGUGCUGGUGGUAUUAUGGUAGCAAACUUGUUAGUGACAGAACAGCAACUCUGAGCUGUUGCAAGGAUGAGGAAAACAUUUGACAUCUUGACUGUCUUAUACCAUCCUUUUGGUAAAAUAGACAAUGGGCUGUUGUUUAAUGUUACAGAUGCAAUUGUCUUCUGAUAAAUAAAGUUGAUUCAGUAUUCAA